GCACCUGAAAACAACUUUUAGCAAUUUUUCUCUAGCUAGUUGUACUUCGCAUGUGCUAAUAUCAUUUGUUUUCAGUAAAAAAUACAGAUGUUUGCUUUUCUCUGUUGAUCUUUCUACACCGUAGGUCUAAUCUGAGCUUUAAAAGGAUGGACAAGUCCUGCGGUUGUGAAACAUGCAAGAAAUGGGCUGAGCACUACUACUGGGACCUUUCAGACGAUGAAGGCAAAUGUUUUUUCAAGGUUAUAAUGGAUGAUCUCCAUGAGAUGACAAUACCAGAGAAGUUUGCACAACGUUUCAAAGGAAAGAUAUCUGGAACGAUCAAACUGGAAGUGCGGAGCGGCAGCAUUUGCAACGUUUCAGUUGAGACAUGUGCUGAUAAAAUGAUCCUUCAAUCUGGAUGGGAUGAGUUUGUCAGUAAGCAUGACAUAGGAAAGGGUGAUUUUCUGGUAUUCAGAUACAAUGGAGACUCCCAGUUUAAAGUUGGAAUAUUUGAUCCAAGCGGCUGCGAGAAAGCAUUGUCUUGUGUAAGCAUCAACAACCCUCCUCCUGCAGAGACUGUAGAGAGUUCUUAUGAGCAUCAUUCUAGGCGAUCUCUUGACAACACCAUGGAGAAGAGUUCUUCAUCCACUCCCUCAGAGCCAGGUGAUGCUUGUGCGUCACAAGAUGAUUUAAUUGCAAACAAUAUUCCUCCAUACAUGAUUGCCCAUAAUGUUCAUCUAACACCAGUGCAAAAGGAUAAAGUGGAGGAGGUUGUCCAAGAUAUCAAUUCUGACAUCCCUGUGCUCGUCACCAUGAUGUGUAAAUCCAAUGUUAACAGAGAGCAAUGCAAAUUUGCAUUCUGGAAAAUAUAUUGUGAUAUGUACCUACCACAAGAGAAGCAACGAGUCGUUCUUCAGCGGAAUGGCAAGAGGUGGACAAUGUGGCUUAAUGGUGCUACCAGCCCCGCCAGGAGUCUUAUACAUGGAUGGAGACGGUUUGUCCUCGACAAUGACUUGCAGGUUGGUGAUAUCUGCCUCUUUGAUCUGCUCAACAACAAGAAGAUGUGCACGAUGAACGUCCAUAUUAUCUGCGCUAUGAAGCGUGGCAGACGGUGAUCAAUGAAAAAGCAUAUGCUGGUUGCGAUGAGCUUAAUAUUGCAUUUAAUUUGUGUCUGGGUACCGUAGUUACCUCAAUUGCUCAAUGAUGAAAAUGGAUAUUGCAUCGUCGGUCGGAUGCAUUAUAUGUAUGGAUGCAGAGUGAAGUGGC